GUUUUUAAUGUAUUUUAUUCACUUAAUGUUAAGCGCUUUGUGUUUCGGCGAAUGAAAGGCGCUAUAUAGAUUUAAUAAAGUCUGAAAGUUAAAGAUUUGUAUUUCAUCAAUUGUUUUGUGUCCAAAGGGAUAUGUUAUUGGAUAAAAUGAACAGGAAAUCACCAUUAGGUUGUGCACAAAUAACUAAAUCUUGUGGAGGUUGCACUAACUGUUUUAUGAGAAGUUCAAUUAUGUUGUGAGAAAUGCACUAAAUCGACUGAGGAAAAACAGUAAAAAAAAAUAAAUAAAUAAUAAAUAAAUAAAAAAUUCCGGAACUACUGUCUAAACGUGGAACCAUUCCGGACGUAUUUGACAGACGGACAUGGUCAAUGAAAAAAAAAACAACAAACGAGAAUACUUUACCAGAUCUCUUUGUUUUUUUUUUUUUAAUAUUUAUUGGCACAUUUGUCUUCAAAAAAGACACAAAACGAGACCGAAUGAUGAAGCGGAACUUUUCUCCCGAAACUUCGGACCGAUUUGAAUAUUUACAGGCUCUUGUCACAGAGUUUCAGGAUACAGACAGUGAAGAGGCAAAGGAGCAGGUUCUGGCAAACCUCGCCAACUUUGCCUACGACCCAAAGAAUACAGAGUAUCUGCGUCAGCUGCAAGUGACUGACCUGUUUCUGGACAUGCUGACUGAGAAGAAUGAGAACUUUAUUGAGUUUGGAAUGGGGGGGCUCUGUAACCUUAGUAUGGAUCCGGACUGCAGGGACCUCAUCCUGGACAGUGAUGGAAUCAGUUUAAUCACAAACUGUUUGUCAAACCAGAGGGAGGAGACGGUGCUGUCAGCAAUUACCACACUCAUGAACCUUGUGACUCCAGCUUCGCGCUCUCAGCUCACAGAGCCGGGCAUCCUGCAGUGCAUGCUGCGCUUCUCCCUCGCAGAGAGCCCCCGCCUGCACAACCUAGCUGCUGUGUUCCUGCAGGACUGCUGCACCGAGGAUCAGGUCAGGCAGGCUCAGCAGCAGAUGCAGGGACAGCAGAUGGCGGUCGGGAUCCCGCUUCCCAAGGACUAAAGAUUCUUCUUCAAACCAUAGACUGUAUAUAAAAUAAUUAUUAUAAAUAAAUAAAUUAUUAUAAAUAA